UUAACGAGUAGUUGUGCAGCGUUCGACGGGCCACGCUGGUGUUAAUAUCAUUCAAACCUCCUCAGAAAACCGUGGAUUGUGUGUCAAGUGAUGUGUUUUCUUUUCACAUAUUAGCAACCCUAGAAACAGCACUCAGUUAGCAGGCUUGCAGGAAGGUUUUGCUGUAAUAUUAGUUUAAAUUAACAGCACAUUUUGCAUAUUUUACUCCCUUGGUUCUGCAGAGGCGAGGCAGACUGGACUGGCUGCAUUUCAAUGGAGACGCUGUCAAACACAGCUGAUGCUACGCGGGAGAAGGAGCUCUGUCCGCCAAGAGCAGCCAGUGGAGUCGUGUCUGAAAGCCUGUCAUCUUAUAGAGAGUACCCUGCUCACCGUCCCUUUAUCAACACACUUGUGCAUCACACACCCCAAACACGCAUGCAUCACUCAUGUCGCCCAUCAUCACCCAGCAAGGGAUUCCCAGAGACCAGCAGUACAGAGAUCUUAUCUGCCUUGAGGAACCUCCAGGAGAAGAUCAGGAAGCUGGAGUUGGAGAAAGGCCACGCAGAGCUCAGUUUGCACGCUGUGGGGAAUAAAGAUGCAUCAUAUACUCGUCUUCAGAGUGAUAAAGUCACACAGAGACUCUUAAAGGAUCACACAGACACAGAAAGAGAGAUAAGUGGCCAGCCCAACUGCAAUCAAGUGUUGAUCACUCACCUGGCUGCUGCUGAGUCUCGUUGUGUGAAGCUGGAGCGACAGCUGGAUCACAUGAGGAGGAUGUUGCGCAGCGCCAAGGCAGACAGGACGAGCCUGCUCAAGCAGCAGGUUUCCAUGGAGACAGCCAAGUCAGCUGAUCGACAGUCUGACACAGUGUCUGAGCACGCCCAGUUGGAGAAGCUGGAGCGACUGGAGCAGGAGUAUCUGAGGCUGACACGCACACAAACCAAUGCUGAGAUGAAGAUGCGGGAGCUGGAGAUGAAACUACAGGAGGAGGAGCACCAGAGAAAGCUGGUCCAGGAUAAGGCCAAUCAGCUACAGACCGGUUUAGAGACCAACAGGAUACUGCUGCAGUCGGUGUCACCACGUCUGUCCAGCAGACAGUCCAAAGAAAAGAAGUCUAAUUCAAAGAAAUCUUCACCACAGCAGUCGUCCUACACAGAGCCACACUACAGACUGAGCCUCAGAGAUGUACCUUUUGUUGCUGGAACGUCAGUAGGCUGCAGCCACUCGGUCCGGGCAAACGUCCAGUCAGUGUUGUCCCUCCUGAAGCGACACCAGCCGCACCUCUGCAACAGCCGUGUCCUCUCAGGUAGUCGCAGGAACUCAGACAGCUCCACUUCUUCCUCCUCCGCUAGCGAGGAGGAACUAUCAGAGCUGCUGCAAGCGCUGCAUGAGGAGCUGCGACUCAUGAGCUUGGAGCAGGACGAGCUGACGAGGCAGGUGGAGGCCAGUGUUUCUGACCAGGAAAGAAAAGAGCUUCAGAGGGAGCAGGAGAGGCUGCUGCUGAAAAUGGAGAGGAAAGGAGAGCAGAUCAGUAAGCUCUACAGACACAAAACACAGAUAAAGAAGUUAAGAAAGGAAGCUAUUUGUAGGCGUAACAGUGGAAAUGAGACGAGGGCGACUACCACAGAGUCCACUAGAGGUCGCUAUGCUGCAGCGGUCAAAGUUAAACCAGGAGAGAGGAGUAAGAGGAACCUGAGGCUGCUGAGGGACAUGAGGGCUCUGCAGACCUCAUUACGGACCUGAAACCCAUCAGGACAUGAACACAGCACAUUAGGUUGAUCCUGUCGGUGCUAUCUACCUACCUGCGGCCAUUAUUUCAGAAUCAAAACCGGUACCGUCUGCUCAUGAACGUAUGACCUAUGAUCCCUAUCGGAAAAAAAUAUUUUUUCUACUGUAUUAAGACCAUUUAAGACAUCUAAAAAGACUAUAUGUUUUAAACCAGAUCUAAGUUGUCUCUACCAGUCCACCCAUAGUGUGUUUCAUCAGAACAAGGUCAGUUUGUUGUCUGAUUAGUCAUCUUAGUGUCAAAUGACUGUUCUGAAUAUUUUAAAGAAAGAGAGGGCUCUAAAUGAUUAUUAACUUAUUCUUUAUUAAGGAAAUGCAUAUUUUUGUUCAUGUUGGCUCAAACAUCUGCCUGGACUUUACUUGAUGUUUAAUACCUUUACCAGCAGAGGGCGUGAGAGUUCAGAGUGAUUUUAGUUUUUCAUGUAGUUUUUUGGGCACAGAAACACAUUUUGGACAACCUGGACUUCAAUGAGUCUCAUGAAAUAAAAGAUAAUAUUCUUUUUUUUUUUUAAUAAGGAAGCCAAAAUCUCCUGGUGCUACAACAUUCCUAGGUUGCUUGAUAGUAACCGAUUCUCACAUUUCAUAAAUAUUCAUAAAGUGGAUGCAGCAGCCAUUGUUAGUGCAAAGAAACUACAGUGAUGAAAUAGUUUGAUACAGUUUUCUCCAAUGUGAUUAGCCUAAUGUUGUGCUGAAGGACACACUGUGCUGUAUUUGGUUAAAACGACUGAACCCCCUUGAUGUGUCAUAUUGCAGACCCACAAUAUGUGUGUGUGUAUAUGCAUGUGUGUUAUGAUCAGAAUAUUUGUAAUUAUUUCUACAAAUAUUUAGGAGGAUUGUUAUUUUUUGACAAUCAUGGGUAACCUAUUUUUGAGUGAAGACGUAUUCCUCUAAGAAAUAAAGUAUUUAUGUUUGCAUAUGACUGCA